UUGAAGUUGAGACACUGGUCGAGGCAGUAUACAUCUGCACCUUCCUGUCCCGCUAUUUCGCCGAUUGCUUCGCAGGUUUGACUGUGGUUCGCCCGUAUUGGAACACGAAGAGAGCGAGAGAAAGAAAGCGAAUCCCAAAAUAGUGGACGAACGGAGGAGCAUCAGGCAGGCAGCAUGAACCGCGUUGGCAGGUUUUCGUUUGGCUGGGUGGUGCUGUCGCUGGGCGUGCUAAUGGGACGGGAUCGAGAAGCGCUGGUCAUGGCGGGAAACACUGGCCAAAGCACACCGGCCAAUCGCCUCGGGGACAGUAGCUGCGAGCAGCGGACGACAACGACGACCAGCCAAUACGAGGAGUACUUCGACAUCGACAAGAUCGGCAACAACCGCACCGAGCAGCACAUCGUCGACCUGGAGCUGCUCGUGCGAGUACACAACAUGCAGGAGGAGCUGGCGAUCCUGCUGUCCGCGGCCAACCGGUCCCGGCAGCACCCGGACUACGAGCAGACGUACGAGGUGCGCGUCAGCAACGUCUACACGGUGAUCUACAAGGAGACGCUGCGCAUGUCCGCUCACCACAGCCACACGUUCAGCUUCUUCCCGGGCGACCAGUUCCGGCUGCGGAUCCAGAUCACGCGCCGCGGCGACAUUACCGUCGCCAUCCCGGUGCUCCAGAAGCAGACGAUCCUGGCGGUGCACGACGAUCGCACCCCGAUCGAGGUGUCGUACAUCAGCUUCGGGUCGCGCAUGAACGCUUACCCGGUGACGAUCUACUUCAACUGCGACGGAUUGUCCACCUCGGUACACCAUGACACCCGCAUGAAGGAGGAGGAUGAAGACGAAGAGGAGGGACAUCGGGACCGUGCAGCUGGGCGCGGUACUGCCACUGACAGUGGCGAAGGUCUGGCCUGCCCGGUCUGCCCGAAGCCCGAAAAGUGCGAAGUGAUCGUACGGGCGUGCACCUCCGAUACCUCCAAGGACCUGCUGAUGGGGACCGGAUCCGGGGCCACGACGUCGUCCGGGGGCGAGAAGCAGAAGUACUUUUUCUACUUCAACGUCUACCUGAGCAGCAAAAACGACAAGAACUUUAAGGCGACGGAGGCAGCGGUGGACCAACAACGGCAGCCAGGGGGCUCACACCAGGACCAGGGCCGUAACUAAGCUGGCCGGCCGGCAAACGACAGCAGCCUGGCUCCUCUACGCUCUUUUCACAUAUCCCUCCCUAGAACAUAUCGUUCCCUCUAAGUAGCUGACUGCGUGGCCCGGCGGCUAUUGCAUCGCUCGAUAGUCUAUAGCAGCUAUAGUUGAAUAUAUCAAAUUCGGGCAUAAAAUCCCCCCCCAUCUUUGGUCACGGGGACUUCGUGUUCGGCCUCCUCUUUACAUUCGGUAUCACCUCAGUAGCAACACUUAGCUCCUCUGGAGCGUCCGUUUAAUUAGCGCUGCAGUAGUUACAGGCACAUGAACACACACAAUCUCUAUUUGGCGUGUGCAGAUUU